AUGCCGGCAUCACCCCUCACAUCAUCUCGCUUUCCUCAGUAUCAGGGCUUCGCACCACUAGGAAGUCAAGGCCGCGACGACGACAGCAGCAACCAAAUGGAUCACGAAGAGGCCGACAUUCCCCUCGCUCCGAUCCGGUCCAAUGCCUCCUUUGGCGCCCGCAAGGCCAACCAAGGCGGCGUGGGUCCCGAAAUCGAGCGCAUGCGGUCUGCCGGUGGCGCCCCGGGCACCUCCGGCGGCAGCAGCACUGCCGACGAGAAGCAUGGCCUUUUCAAAGCUCAUGACCACCGCCACGGGCCGAUUGGGCGCCGCCGUGUGAAGAGAAACGAGCACGAGGCUCUCAAGCGCCGCGGCACCGACUCCGAGGUGGCUCUCAACUUCAUGGGCCGCCUGUACACUCGCCUUGUGGCCAAAUCCACCCUGACAAGAUACCUCAUCUACGUCAUCCCCGUUGCCGUCUUGCUCGCCAUCCCUCUCGUCCUCCUCCCCGUCACAGGCAACACCAACACCAUCCCGCUCGGCUCCCACGUUACCAACGCCACCACCGACCCGCCGACCAAAGAGUACGGCCCGCCGCUCUUCCACCUUUUCAUAUGGUUCGAAGCCUCAUGGGCUGGCCUCUGGGCCGGCAAGGUGGUUGCUCACCUGAUUCCCAUCGUCUUUGUCUUCUUCUGCGGUGUCGUCAGCUCCGGCACGCGCAAGUACGCCACCGUCCUGCGCGGUCUGGAGAUCCCGCUGUCGCUCUUCUUUUGGGCUCUCGUGACUUGGCUGGUUUUCCGCUUCCUGUUCACCAACACCAGCAUCACCUGGAUCUACGCCCUGACCAACAUCUUCGGCGCGCUCUUCGUGUCGUCCGCCGUCUUCUUGGGCGAGCGUGCCAUCAUCCACCUGAUGAGCAUCAGCUACCACGCACGGUCUUUCGCCAACCGCAUAAAGGAAUCGAAGCGCGACAUCUACCUUCUGGGCCUUAUGUACGACGCCUCGCGCACUCUAUUCCCAAUGUACUGUGAAGAGUUCGCCGAGGAAGACUACAUCAUCAACGACAGCAUAGAGGCUAUGCUUGGCAAGCCUGGCAGCCGCGGCAAGAACAAGGGCUCGGCCGUUGCGCCGAUGCGCAUUAUUGGCAACGUGGGCCGCUUCGGCGACAAGGUCACAUCCGUUUUUGGCAACCUGGCCUCGGAAAUCACCGGCAAGCAGGUGUUCAACCCCAACUCGGCACACUCGAUUGUGGUCGAGGCCCUCGAGAAGACCCGCUCGUCGGAGGCGCUGGCGCGGCGUAUCUGGAUGUCGUUUGUGGUGGAAGACAACGAGGCACUGUACCCGGCUGACAUUCAGGAGGUUCUCGGCCCCACGCACAAAGAGGACGCCGAAGAGUGUUUUGCCGCCAUCGACGCCGACUCCAACGGCGAUAUCAGCCUCGAGGAGAUGAUCCGCAAGGUUGUGCAGAUUGGCAAAGAGCGCAAGGCUAUGGCCAACAGUCUCAAGGACAUUAGCGAGGCCCUGGCUGCAUUCGACAGCGUCCUGCUGUUCCUCGUCCUGCUUGUCGUCAUCUUCAUCUUCCUUGCCUUCUUCCAGAGCAGCUUCAUCACGACCCUCGCCACGGCCGGUACCGCCCUCCUGUCGUUGUCCUUUGUCUUCGCCGUGACUACGCAGGAGAUUCUUGGUUCUUGCAUCUUCCUCUUCGUCAAGCACCCGUAUGAUGUCGGUGACCGUGUUGACAUCCAGGGCCCCGAGAAGGAGAACCUGGUUGUCGAGAAGAUCUCGCUACUCUACACCGUGUUUCACCGCAUCGACAAGAUGCAGAUUGUGCAGGUUCCCAACAUUGUGCUGAACAACCUGUGGAUCGAGAACGUGUCGCGCAGCAAGGCCAUGCGUGAGACCAUCGACGUCAAUGUCUCGUACGACACCACGUUUGAGGAUAUCGAGCUGCUGCGCCUGGAGAUGGAGAAGUUUGUCCGUGACCCCGACAACUCGCGUGACUUCCAGCCUGACAUUGCCUUCAGCGUGGCUGGUGUCGGUGACUGCGACAAGCUGCAGCUCAAGGUGUCCAUCAUGCACAAGUCCAACUGGCACAACGAUGUUGUCCGUGCCACCCGCCGUUCCAAGUUCAUGUGCGCGCUGGCGCUGGCUCUCAAGAAGGUGCCUAUUUACGGGCCUGGUGGCGGCGGCGAUGCGGCUGGUGGCCCCCUGAACCCGACGUACUCCGUCUCCGUGACGGACGAGUUUGCAGCGGCCGCCCGCGCCAAAUCCGCCGACGAGAAGAACCAGAGCCGCUUGGUUCCCCGUGUUCCUUCCACCGACAGCAGCCGCAGCCGCAGCUCGAGCAAGAGCAAGGCCGCCAUCAACGUGCUCAACACGCGCAACCCGCUGGCCGACAACGACGACUACACACUGAACAACGGAUCGCGCGAGUCGUCGCUGGAGCGGGAGCGCCAGGACACCUUUGCCUCAUCGACUUCGUACCUUCACCCCACGGCGUCUGGCGCCCAGUCUGCCGCUUCGCGUUCGCGCCAGCGCGGCGCCUCCUCGGCUUCGCGUAGCGCCACUGAUGUCGAGGCCAUCCGCAGUGAUUUGCUCAAGACGCAGAGCCAAAAGGGCCGUCGCCAGGCUGGCCAGGGCCUGCCACCCAUGCAACUUGGUGGUGAUCUGCAGCCGGCUGAUCUCUCGCGAUACGCGUCCAUGUCCUCGUCGCGCCGUGGUGGCCCGUCGUUGGACCUCGAGCGCGGCAGCCCGAUCCAACCCGCAGGUGGCGCUGGUGCAGGGCCCAGCAUGGACCCCGUAAGCGGUGCCCUUUACUCGACCACGAGCAACAACAACAGCAACAACCCAUACCUAGCCCAACCACCGUCCGGCGCCACGGCCGCCAUGGGCUAUUCUGCGUACGCUUCCGCCACAGGCGGUGAGCCGGCGUACCAAACGAACCCAAUGGCGCUGAACCCGGUGCAGGGUGUCUCGUCUUCUUCGUUGGCUGGCCGCGGCGGCAACAACGCGCCGCCGCCGCGGAAUCCCAUGCAGCCGAACCAGUCUCAGCAGCAGUGA